GAGCUUUGAGAGUUUCUCGGCCAAACAAAAAACAAAAGAAACCCCUCUCUCUCUCUCUUUUGCUUUUGUGAGUUUUGUUUUUAGCUUUCUGCUUAAAUGGAGGGACCUUAAAAAUUCUCUCUGCUUUGCGUUUCCUGCUUUUUCUACAGUUACUCAAAGCUCUAAUCCUCAUCUUUCUUUUGAGUUUCUUGCCACUGCUCCUGUACGAAGUUAAUCUUUCAGAUUUAUACAUUAUUGUACGAUCCCACGCUUGAUAUCGCCGCCGCUAUUGGGGGUUGAGGGGCAAAGUCAGUGUAAUGUUUCCUUGAUGGCUUCUUCAGCAUCUGCUGACCGUGUUGCUCAGAAUGGGUUGGGGUUGAAAGAACGUAAUUACUUGGGAUUGUCUGAUUGUUCGUCGGUAGACAGCUCUGCAGUCUCGAGUGUGCCUGAGGAAAAGAAGAGUAAUUUAAAUCUGAAGGCGACAGAAUUGAGGCUUGGUCUUCCUGGCUCUCAAUCCCCCGAACGAGAAUCAGACUUUACCCUGCUAAGCCCCAGCAAGCUUGAUGAGAAGCAAUUGUUUCCACUGAUUCCUUCCAAGGAUGGAAUCUUAUUGUCACAGAAGACAGUUGUUUCUGGAAACAAAAGAGGAUUCUCAGACACUGUGGAUGGAUUUUCAGAAUCUAAGAGUACCGUGUUUAAUGAUGGAAGCUGGAUGUUUAAUCCUGCAGGUUCUGAUUCUGGACAAACAAAGUUAGCUGGUAAUGCUGGAAUUAGUGUAAUGCUUUCCAACAGGUCAUCUGGGACUCAGCCAUCUGUUAAGACUGAGGUUCCUGCAAAAACACCAAAGGAAUGCAGUAACAAGAUGAAUGGUUCUAACACCAACAGCCCACCUGCUUCUAAGGCACAGGUUGUUGGUUGGCCACCAAUCAGAUCUUUCAGGAAGAAUUCUCUUGCCACAACCUCAAAGAACAAUGAUGAAGUUGACGGUAAACCGGGUCCUGGUGCUCUUUUUGUCAAGGUCAGUAUGGAUGGUGCUCCUUAUCUGAGAAAGGUGGAUCUCAGAACAUACUCUACAUAUCAAGAACUUUCUUCUGCCCUUGAGAAAAUGUUCAGCUGUUUUACCUUAGGACAAUGUGGACCGCAGGGUGCUCCGAGCAGGGAAAUGCUCAGCGAGAGCAAGUUGAGAGAUCUUCUGCAUGGAUCAGAAUAUGUGUUGACAUAUGAGGAUAAGGACGGUGACUGGAUGCUUGUUGGAGACGUCCCGUGGGAGAUGUUCAUCGACUCGUGCAAGAGGCUCAAAAUCAUGAAAGGCUCCGAUGCUAUUGGAUUAGCUCCCAGGGCCGUGGAGAAAUCCAAGAACAGGAACUAGCUGUCCGCUGUGGGUGAUUGUUUUCUGUUUGCAUGGUUGAGAGUGGAAAGAUCCAUCACAGUGGCUUCUGAUCAAGUCCCGUAUCAUGUUUUCCGGUGCAUCUGGUCAUUUUAUCUCGUUUUGCUUGCAUUCUGUGUCUUCUUUCUAUAUUUUUCAUAAUCUACGUGUUUGUAGUUGGCCUGCUAGUUAUACUGAAUGCUUUUGUUUGUGAAGUCCAUGUCGUACUAUGUAUUCAUGAAUGUGUGUGAUCUAAUACCUCUGUCAUAUAUGUUGUACUCUUGUUUGAAUUGUCGACUACUGCAAUUAUGUAUUGUGUUAUUUGUUCCCUGGAACUCA